AUGGCGGAGACACGGGACCAGCCAGGGAGACAGGGAGACCAGGUGAGACCAGAGAGAAGCUGGAGGGAACAGCCACCACCAAACAACAAGCGGGCGGUUGACAGCAAUGGCAGUUGGGGUCGUAGCGGCAGCUGGGUCGCAACAGCAGUUGGGCAAUGGGCACUGGGCAGCGGUGGCAGUAAGGCGCAGUAG